AACUCGGAUCAUCAACCCAUGGCAAGUCGGCAUCGGGUUCUGUUGUUUGGGAUGACUGUGUUACCUACUGUAGUUGCUGGUUAACUACUGAAAUAGUGGUCACGUACUGUUAGUGUCAAUUACCGUGACCUCUGCUACUGCUGCUGGUGUUGUCUUUGUACUGUUGCCGGCGUUGGUGUCUGCUGCUGUUGUGUGUCGUGGCUGUCGGUGUUGUAGAUGACGCUGUAGUCACGACGUCGUGAUGUUAUGAUGAGAGCAGGUGUGUUUGUUGUACUGUGUCUGUCAACAUGUGUGGUGUCGAGGAGAGAAGACAUCAUGAGGGAGGCUGGACAUAUGCACAACAAUGGGAUGUACGUGUUCAACUCAACGUUCAGGGCGUAUAACAAGACCUCGAUGAUUGACUACAGUUUCCAGUUCCCUACCAACACCUACAACCCCGACAUGACGCUGAUGAUCUUCAGACUGGCUGAUUUUGAGGCAGAUCAGACCUUGGCUAAAGGCAUGGGUUACCAAGAUGCACUUAACAAGUCAGUAUGGCACUACGACAUCCUGGUACAUGCCCCCGGCAGCAACUGCGACACCGACAGACCAGUAACCUGCAAUGACGUAAUUGACAUGUACCUACCUACGAAAGACAGGUAUAGAUGUGCCAUUGGUAACAUGGAUGGAACGGCCAUCUGGAUCACCCGCUACAAGAUAUGGAUGUACCUGGAGCUGGAAGAACGCAAGUUUCAGAGAGACUACGGGGAACUAGCCUUUGGUGUUGUAAUGUUCGUCAUGUUUGUCGCCACUAUCCUGGCCAUUAUGUUUGGUCUCCUACUGGAACUGUUGCGAAAAUAUACACGGAAAUCUCACCAAGAGGAAGUGUUCACAGACGAUAUAUCUUUAACGGAAUACAAUGAUAUGGACACUGAACCAGAGAUGACCAUAUAAACAUCCACUUAUUGACACAGAGUCAUGGCUGUGCUUGGAAGUCCGAGUCAGAACUACUGACAAUAGAGGACUGACAGAACUAGCAAUUAUACGUUUUUAUAUUGAUACAAUGAAAGUUUUUAUUCUCGCAACAAAAACUUCCGCAUCUCCACAUACUUUUGUAAAUAAAAGUGUUUGUUAAAGGAA